UCGAAUCAAACGUUAACCCUUCCAAGACGAAAACCAAAAACCCUUCAAAUCUUUCCAUCCAAAUCGAUCAAAUCGAACAAAUUCAUACAAAAUUCAACCAAAUUUGUCGGUUUUUUAAAAUUGAUUGAUACAUAUAAACAGCAAUGGAUCCAAAUCAAUCAUCGAAUCAAUUGUUGAAGCCGAAGGAUUCUCACUCCACCGACUACGCUCCAUACCCUAAGAUUGACCCAAACGACGUGGCUCCUGCUCCUGCUCCUUCUCCUGCUCCUGCUCCGACUGCUGCUAUUGGUGAUGACUGGACUUCUGUUCCUGUUGGCUCUCAACAACAAGCUACGCCGCCGCCGCCUGUUGCCGGACAGCCGAUGUAUACAGCUGGUUCAAGGUCAUCGGAUGCGCCGCCGCAAGGUUUACCUGGUGGUGGAGCAACCACUAUGCCCAAUGAAUCUAAUCCUUACGUGUCUCCUGCUCCCGUGCCGGUUUCUUCUGCGAAGAAGACGAUGGAUUCGGUGAAGGAUGUGCUUGGGAAAUGGGGAAAGGCGGCUGCUGAGGCAACAAAGAAGGGGCAGGACUAUGCUGGAGAUGUGUGGCAACACUUGAAAACUGGACCCAGUUUAGCUGAUGCUGCUGUUGGGAGAAUUGCUCAGGGAACUAAAGUUCUUGCAGAAGGUGGGUAUGAAAAGAUCUUUAAAACAACAUUUGAGACGGUUCCUGAUGAGAAACUCCUGAAGUCGUAUGCCUGCUACCUUUCAACUUCUGCUGGUCCUGUUAUGGGAAUCCUGUACAUGUCAACCGCAAAACUGGCAUUUUCUAGUGACAAUCCACUUUCAUACAAAGUUGGUGAAGAGAUACAAUGGAGUUUAUAUAAGGUGGUUAUUCCGUUACAUCAACUCAAAGCAGUGAAUGCUUCAAAAAGCAAAGCCAAUCCUGCCGAAAAGUACAUCCAGAUCAUAUCCGUUGAUAAUCACGAGUUCUGGUUCAUGGGUUUUGUAAAUUACGACAGUGCUGUACAAAGCCUGCAAGGUGCGCUCCAAUCCCAUUAUCAAGUGUAACCUCAUAUCACCACUCUGAGGUACAUGAUAAUAUACGCUCGCCUUUUACUCAAUCAUCUUGUGUUGCUGUUUUGUAAAAAAAGGAAGUUGGGUUUAUAUGAAGAUUCAUUUGCACCGACCACUGGUCGUAAAUUACAGUCACUGCACAAAACCAGUCACGACAUUGUGUUUAUGCUUUUAGAACGGGUUCCAUUUUGGUGAUGGCUGAUUGUGUAGUGACUGCUUGUGUGCCUUUUGUUCUUUCUUUUUAUAUGUAUGUCAAAUGUAUUUGUGAAACUUUUGGUACAUGAGAGUUUUAGUAAAAUUUAGGGUUUGUGUGAUGUUUGCUUUAUGUGUUUUAUUGCAUACUUGUAUGUUCUACAUCACAUAUGGGAUAACCGAGAGAUGAAUCGUUUGAAGUUUUAUGUGAAAAAUGAUCGUUUAUCA